AUGGAACAAGUGAACAACGUGACAGAAUUCAUCCUGCUCAGUUUCACACAGAACCCAAAGGUACAGAAACUCUUGUGUGUCCUAUUUUCCCUCAUCUACUGCCUCACCCUGGCAGCUAACUUACUCAUUGUUGUGACUAUCACCAGGACCCCAGCCCUGGGUUCCCCCAUGUAUUUCUUCCUAUCCUUUUUAUCUUUCAUUGAUUGCUGCUGCUCUUCUACCAUGGCCCCCAAAAUGAUAUUGGACUUACUGGCUGAGAAGAAAACCAUUUCUUUUAGUGGAUGCAUGGCACAGGUCUUUGCAGAACACUUCUUUGGAGGAGUUGAAAUCAUCCUGCUCACGGUGAUGGCCUAUGACCGCUACGUGGCCAUAUGCAGGCCUCUGCAUUAUGUUAUUGCAAUGAACAGGCAUGUGUGUGGCCUCCUGGUGUCCACAGCCUGGGCCGGAGGAUUCCUUCAUGCUCUCAUCCAAAUUCUUUUCAUGGUCUUCUUGCCAUUCUGUGGUCCCAAUGUCAUUGACCAUUUUAUCUGUGACCUGUUCCCUCUCCUGAAGCUCUCUUGUGCUGACACCCACAUCUUCGGACUCUUUGUUGCUGCAAACAGUGGUCUGAUGUGUGUGCUCAUUUUUGCUGCUCUUGUCACCUCCUAUGUCCUCAUCUUCUGCUCCCUGAAGAAUCACAGUACUGAAGCAAAAUGGAAGGCCCUGUCAACCUGUACUGCCCAUAUCAACGUGGUUGUCCUGUUCUUUGUUCCCUGCAUAUUUGUGUACCUUCGGCCUGUAGUCACCUUUCCCAUUGAUAAGGCAGUAGCUGUGUUUUACACUGUGGUGACCCCCAUGCUGAAUCCUCUAAUCUAUACCCUCAGAAACACAGAGGUGAAAAAUGCCAUGAAGAAACUGUGGAGCCAGAGAAUGAUCUCAGGUACUAACUCAUAUGAAGAGAGAACAUGA